AUGAACAUCACAACGGUGACAACAAUUACUACGGUGAAGGUGGACGUGAUGGGUUUUACCAAAAGCCACCGCCAGCGCAGUUCCACAAUAGCGGAAAUUAUCCACCUCAUGGUAGAGGAAGACCUCGUGGUGGUGGAUUCUAUGGUCAUGGUGGUGGUAGAGGUGAUCAGUGGAGGAAAUCAAACGUCAGUGAGGGUAUCUCUCGAGAUGAGCCGAAAAUUGGCAGUGAAGACAGCGUCCCUAUGCGGGGCGAUUACCGAGGUGGUCGCGGUUUCGUUGGACCUCGAGGUAACCUUCAUAAUCGAGGAAGAGGAUUCCAAGGUGGUGGUUUCCCGAAAGGACGUGGACGAGGCAACUGGGGUAGAGACGAUUACUGAUUCAGGCACAAUGAAAAAUCCUACUUCUGAUCGGGUUUACUUUCUUUGUAUCUGUGUUCCACUUAGUGUGACAUUGUACUUAGCUUGUAUUGUUGUUUUCAAAACUGCAUUUUUGUUCGUUAUCCGGCUUAGCAGGUUAGGGAUGGUUCCGAAAGCUGUCGAGGAAUUGGAAGAGGAAAAAAGCGAAGUCUGCAUCGAUGUCGGCAAUGUAGAGGUGGAUGGGCAGGAUGCGACGGAUAUUUUCCGCAUCCCAAAAACACUAACGCUUGGACCUGCCAUUAGAAAUACUCCUGAGCAGAUCGCCUGCAAGCGUGUGUUCUGGCGAAACUUCUUAGCUGACAAGGAAAAUGUUAAAGUUGUCGCGCCAAUGGUUGAUCAGAGUGAGCUGGCUUUUCGUAUGUUCAUGCGCAAGCAUGGUGCACAUAUUACCGUUACGCCAAUGAUCCACGCUCAUUUAUUCGUUAACGAUACCACAUAUCGCCGAAAUUCGCUGGCUUUGUGUGAAGCCGAUCGUCCUCUCAUUGUUCAAUUCUGUGCUAACAAGCCCGAGACAUUCCUUGCUGCUUGCCGAUUGGUAGAAGGUGUUUGUGAUGGAGUCGAUCUCAAUUUGGGAUGUCCUCAAAUGGUUGCGAAGAAAGGACGGUACGGAGCCUACUUGCAGGACGAAGUUGACUUGGUGUGUUCGAUGGUGUCUGCUGUGAGAGAUUUCUGUGCGUUGCCCGUUUCUUGCAAAAUUCGCAUUCGAGACUGUCCUCAGCAAACUGUCGAGUACGCUCGAAGACUAGUUGACGCCGGUGCCACCAUGCUGACUGUCCAUGGCCGCACUCGUGAAAUGAAAGGGGCUGACACGGGUUUGGCUGAUUGGUCCCGUAUAAGAGAAGUGGUCGAGGCGGUUGAUGUUCCAGUAGUAGCUAACGGGAAUAUACAGAUGCCUGGCGACGUUGAACGAUGUCUUGCCGAGACGAAAGCAGCAGCAGUGAUGUCAGCUGAGGGCUUGCUCUAUAAUCCACUGCUUUUUGUUAAUAAGAACGAGGAAAGUUGGAUAGUCGCUAAGGAAUAUCUGGAAUACGCUCGCAAAUACCAAGCUGGCACAAGUGCUAUUCGCGCUCACAUCUUUAGGAUCUGUCAUCACAGUCUUUUGGAGUUCGCUGAUCUACGCAUGCGAGUGUCCACUGAACAUCGUUUGGAGGACUAUGAGUCUAUUGUGGAGGAAAUUCGAGUUCGGACACGAGCCGUUGCUGAUAAUGAAGAUGCUCGUCAGCGAAUAGCGUCGGCGAAAGAGCUUUUCGAGCGGAUACGAUGCGGUGAAGAGAAAAUGGAUCCUAUUGAGGUAUCUCGAACACCGCACUGGAUUUGCAAACCAUAUUUCCGAUUAUCAGAGAUGGCUCGAGAAACUAUUGUUGGUGAGGGAGAGAAGACAUAUAAGGAGAAGAGAAAAGAACAUCUCCAAAAAAUCGCUGAUGAAAUGGGUUUAUCCUUGAAGCAGGCACGGAAAAGAGAGCGUAGAAAAUUGAACGGUCAGAGGACAAUAAUAUCGAAGAGGAUGAAAUUUCCUCCUUGCGCGCGAUGCACUCAACCAGCAGGGCAAGGCUGUGCUCACGUGUUUUGCAAAAAAUGCUGUCGCUGGACGUGUAAGCAGAAGGGAUGGGAUUGCAACGCACAUCGGUUCAAAUACUCGCAUGUGGCUGUGGAACACAAGAAGAAGAAUGAAUUAGUCGGUCGUCAACAGUUCGCCGAUAUGCAACGAACCCUAAACCCAACCUGUACCGGUACCUCGGUAAUCGCCCUUCAGUAUGAGAAAGGUGUUGUGAUCAUGACCGAUCGCGUUGUUUCGUACGGAAAAACCGCUCGAUACAAGAAUGUAUCUCGUCAAUAUAAAGUAAACAAUAAUAUGAUUAUCGCCUUUGGAGGCGAUCACGCAGACUUUCAAUGGCUUCAAAAUGUCAUAGAAAGACAGGUGUUGGCGUGGAAGAUGAUUGGUCAGGAUCUUUCACCGAAAGCCCUCCAUGGAUAUUUAACGAGCUUGAUGUAUGCUAGACGUACUCGCAUGAACCCUCUAUGGAACACCUUGGUAGUAGCUGGAGUCGAAGACGAAGAAAAGAAUAACAAGGAAACAAGUGUGUUGGCGUGGAAGAUGAUUGGUCAGGAUCUUUCACCGAAAGCCCUCCAUGGAUAUUUAACGAGCUUGAUGUAUGCUAGACGUACUCGCAUGAACCCUCUAUGGAACACCUUGGUAGUAGCUGGAGUCGAAGACGAAGAAAAGAAUAACAAGGAAACAAGUGUACCGUUCAUUGGUGUGAUCACGCAAAAGGGCGUGGCGUAUCAGACAAAGCACGUUGCUACUGGUAUUGCUGCUAUGCUCCUCAAUCAGGCUGUUGAGGAUGAGUGGAAGAAAAAGGGAGAUAAGCUGACGCGUGCGGAAGCUGAAGCUUUAGUACGCAAAGCAUUGGAGCUCACUAUUUACCACGAUUGCUGCGCUGAUAACGACUUUGAAGUCGGAAUUGUUGACGCAGAAGAAGGAGUUACCCUUGGUAAACAGGGAGAUAAGCUGACGCGUGCGGAAGCUGAAGCUUUAGUACGCAAAGCAUUGGAGCUCACUAUUUACCACGAUUGCUGCGCUGAUAACGACUUUGAAGUCGGAAUUGUUGACGCAGAAGAAGGAGUUACCCUUGGUAAACAGGAAACCAUCAUUGGAGAUUGGAGCAUUGCCGAGACAAACUGUCAGUAUGAAUGA